UCAAAACCGAAAGUACUAUUCAGCCCAAAAUGGCGUCAGAGUCGGACCACUUUGAUCUGCAAAGGUUAAACGACCUGUUAAACGCUUGCUACGAUGAAUCAGAAAUAAUUUGUUUGGAUAAUUAUGUGCAUGCAUACGAUGAGAUUUCAAAGUUGCUCAGAUUGAUGGGAGCUGUAUUUGGAUUUGUCAAUUCAGAUGUUGUAGAAAAAAUUGGAAUUCUUAGAGACUAUCGAAAGUCUGACAUUGGCGACCAUUUUAAAACUAUACAAAGCAUGAUCAAAUAUGAAGUGGAAACAAACACGACCAAUAAUAAGAAGAAAGCAUCUGGAUGCAGAACGUUACUGAGACUCCAUCGAGCUCUAGAGUUCAUCUCCGACUUCCUGAUCGCUGUGAAGGAUUCAGAUGAACAUGCCAAACUCUCAAGCGUCUGCUCUAAGAGUUAUUAUCGUACCUUAUCAAAACAUCAUCCAUGGAUCAUCAGGAAAGGUGUGGAUGUUGCAGUGUACACGAUACCGUCCCGCAAGCACUUCAUGGAGAAGUUGAAGAUGCAUGAUGUAAAGGAGACGGAAAGGGUUCUUGGAGAGACGGGAGCUCUUGGCAUGCAAAUAUUUAAUGUUGUGGAGAAUUUGUAUAAGGAAAACAAACUUCUGGAUCUACCAUAGUUAGUUUAGGUGACUUAAAUUAUACAAAUAUAAUGUUUAUAUCAGGACUUAUAUUUCCAGUUUUACAUGUUGCAUUUUGAAAAAUUUGUGUUGGUUAAGUUUAAUAGACGUUCAGCUUAAGCUUUAAGAAACUUAUUUAGUCAUUUACAGUAAGUUUUGUUUGAGAUGUCAGGAUAUAUAUAAAUAUGCAUGUAUAUUUUUCUUCAUUAUCUUGAAUACUUCACAAUAUCCUUUGUAUUGUAGUAUAUAUAUAUCAAAGAUUUACAAUUUUAUUAUUCUAAUCAUAAACACCAUAUAAACCUCACUUUUUAUUUCCAGUUUUGAAAUUUCUUUUAAAAUUUGGAUAAAUUUUGUAC